AAUGUUGUACUAAUACGUGUCUCAUCCUCAAUCACCAUUUCAUAUAUUCUCUCUAUCCCCAAACGCAAUUCCACUUCUUCACUCUCCAUUCUUUCUCUUUCAAUAAUAUUCUCUUUUGUAAAACAUGUUGUUGAUUAGUGAAAACUAAUUAGAAUCUUGUUUCAUCCCAACACCAACACUCAUUUUCUUUCCAUGUCCCUAUUAGCACUUUCCUCCUCACUCAAAAAAUGGACGACCUAUUGUGUUACAGUGCUCAACUCAUUCAUAUGUUACCUUGUUUUCCUCAUCUUUGAUUUUCUUGAUGCUGUUUUCUGCGUUAUCUAUAGGUACCUUGAUGGGCGCAUUGAAGGGGUGGCAUCCCCUUGUUGUUGCUCUAAAGGAGAUACACAGAAGAAGAAGAAGAAGAAGAAGAAGUUGAUGAAUGAUGAAGAUGAUGGUCUUUCAGAUAGUUUGUAUCAGAGGAAGAGCUUUUUUAGAGAAAUGGGUUUGCUUCAAUUUGGGAGAAAAAGGGAAGAUUCCAAUGGAAAAUGUGGUGGUAGGAAAGUGAAUAGUUGGUCUGAUUGUGGGUGUGAGUCUUGUCUUUCAUGGGUGAAUGUGAAUGGUGGUGACUAUAAACUUCAUUUUGUUGUUAAAGAACCUUUAAUGGCAAGUGGUGAAAACUGCAAAGGAGACACUUAUGAGAAUGUGAUAUUCUUGCAUGGAUUUAUGUGUUCUUCAUCAUUUUGGACUCAGACAGUGUUUCCAUGUUUCUCUGAAAAUGUAAAUCAUAACUACAGAUUGAUUGCCAUAGACUUGUUGGGAUUUGGAAAGAGUCCAAAGCCAAGAGAUUGUUUGUACACAUUGAAGGAUCAUGUGGAAAUGAUUGAGAAAUCUGUGGUUCAAACAUUGCAGUUAGGUACUUUUCAUCUUGUUGCACACUCUAUGGGUUGUGUAAUUGCAUUGGCUUUGGCUGCAAAGUACUCCAAGUGUGUAAAAUCAAUCACCCUUGUUGCACCUCCAUACUCUUCUUCUGAGGAAAAGGAUGCUUGUUUAAAUGCACUUGAAAAGUUUGCUGGAAAGAAAUUGUGGCCAAUGUUAUCAGCUGGUUCUUCAUUUAUGUCAUGGUAUGAGCAUUUGGGUCGAACUAUUUGCCUUAUCUAUUGCAGAAAUCACAGAAUAUGGGAAAAGAUUCUAAAAUUCAUUACUCGCAAGAGGGAUCUUCAUUUCUUUAUCACUGACAUGACUAGACAUACACAUCAAUCUGCUUGGAGUUCCAUGCAUAAUGUAAUAUGUGGGGGAGCAAAAUUCAUUGAUAGUUACUUGAAAAUUUUGACAAAAAGUGGAGUUAAAAUAAAUGUUAUACAAGGUGAUAGAGAUCAAAUUCUCCCAAUGGAGUGCAUUAGUAACUUCAAGUUGAAGGCUCCAAAGGCUGAAAUUAACAUAAUUUCAAAUGCAGACCAUAGCACUGUGCUAUUAGGCAGAGAAAAUAAAUUUGCACAUAGUUUGGAGCAUACAUGGGCAUUUUGUAGUUGAAAGUUCUACUUGGGUAAUUAGGAGACAUUAAUUUUAGGAGAAAUGAAAUAAAACAAGUUGGCGAAUACUCUCUGCAUAUAUCUAAUUAUUGCUAUUAGAACUAUGUGGAUAUUUUAUGAUUUUUAUGAAAUUGAACAUACAUUACAUAUUUCAA